ACAAAAGGGAGAAUGAUUAAUCAGGCAGAGAAGAAAGAAGGAAGAAAAAGUUUACGAUGCAACAAAAAAAUUCAAUCAUCUGGAGAUUCAUAUUGUUGAUUUAAGGAGAAUCCACAUUUUAGGAAAGCGCAACCAAUCCAGAAUGAGACACAGGCAAAUAUGAUAAACAAGAUUAUUGCAACAGCACAAAGUCCACCAAGCAUAAAAAUGCUAUCUUCAACUGUCUCUUCAACAGAUUCCUUG